AUCGUCAGUGCAACAACGUCUGUACGUGUAAAAAUCCGCGUGCGAUAAAAUGUCGUCCAAAAUAGCACUCUUUGCCUACAUAUAUGCCGCCGUUUGCAGCAGCGUGACAUUAACAGAAAAGUGCCUGACGCCCAACUCGGCAGCCGGCAAUUGCGUUAUCCUGGAAAAGUGUCCGCUAAUUUACAAGGACUCCAACGAUUUCGUAUCCCCAAUGACCCUGGAGAGGUUGAAUUACCUAAUCGCUUCGCAAUGCGGCUUCAAAGGGAAUAUUCCCAAAGUCUGCUGCCCGCUGGAGAAAACGGCACCGUUGAAACUGCUCCAGGCGUGAAUUUGUAACGAAAAAUUAUUCGGCAUAUUUUUAAAUACAUUAGAAUAGUAACCAAAAAAAAAAAAGACUUCU